UCCUGGGCACUGGUCAUUCCGCCAUGUCCCUCCGUGUGCUCCUGGCAGUGGUGGCUCCUUUUCUCUAUCUGUCCCCAGUAACGUUAACCCGGGCUGGGGACAGGACAGAGGGGACUCCCGGUCCAUCUUACGUGGCCGCAGUCUACGAGCACAAGGUGAUUCUGAACCCAGAGCCGCAUGUGCCUCUGUCUCGGGCCGCGGCGCUCGAGCACAUGAUGAGGAACCUGAAGGUCUAUGAGGAGCAGGCCGCGCAGGCAGCGGAACAGGGGGCUCAGAUCAUAGUAUUUCCAGAAGACGGUAUCCAUGGGUUCAACUUCAGUCGUCUAUCCAUCUCUGGUUACCUAGAGACCAUCCCUGACCCACUGACUGAGGACUGGAACCCCUGUACACAACCUGACAGACACAAUCAGACUGAGGUCCUCCAGAGUUUGAGCUGCAUGGCACGACGCUACCAACUGUACCUGGUGGCAAACAUGCCUGACCUCCAGCCCUGCCCUCUGACCUCUCAUCCCCACCUUGACUCCUCUCAAACUCCCUGCCCCCCUGAUGGGCGCUGGCAGUUCAACACUGAUGUAGUCUUCAGGUCUGAUGGUUCCCUGGCGGCUCGCUACCACAAACAAAACCUGUUCUUUGAGAAGGAAUUCGAUACCCCGCCCAGACUAGAGGUGGUGACCUUUGACACGCCGUUCGCCGGACGGUUUGGAGUGUUCACCUGCUUUGACAUCCUGUUUCACGACCCUACUGUCAGGCUACUGGAGAAGGGUAUCAGACAGAUGAUCUUCCCCACAGCCUGGAUGAAUCUGCUUCCUCUACUAACAGCGGUUCAGAUCCAGAGAGCGGUCAGUCUGGGAGCUAACGUUACUCUGCUGGCGGCUAACCUCAGGCAUGACAGCAAGGCUAUGACGGGCAGCGGCAUCUUCACCCCUAGUACUUCCCUCUAUCACCACGCCUUCCACCACCCUGGGGAGCCAGAGGAGGGGAAGCUGCUGGUGUUGAGGAUACCUGUACUGGACAGUGACUGGCUGGCAACACAGAAGCUGGGAAAGAGGCAGGGAGAGACAGGAGGACAGGGUGAAGCAAAGGGGCAGGGGGAGACAGGAGGAGAGGGUGAGGGUGAACCUCUCGCCGCUUCUCUUCCUACCCUCUCUCCCAAUCCCUCCCCAUCCCCCUCUCACUUCAUCUCCUCUAUGAUGUGUGACCCAUUCUCCUUCGUCCUGCUGCAUGGUUCAGAGGGCCAGCUGACUGUGUGUGACGGUCCUCUCUGCUGCCACCUGCAGUACCGACGGUCCCCACAGGGUGGCAAUACGGAGCUCUAUGCUCUAGGGGCAUUCGCUGGCAAUCACACAGCUGACGGACACUUCGCCUUGCAGGUGUGUGCGUUGGUCCGGUGCUCGGGGUCAGAGGUCAGCUCCUGUGGAAAGGGAGUGGAGGAGGCAGAGUCUAGAGUGGACUUCCGGUUGGAGGGGAAGUUCGGAACGCGUUACGUUUACCCAUCGUUGCUAGGUAGUGGCAUGGUUGUAGAUGGACCCGACCGGAUCGAGAAGACCACAGAUGGUCGAGUGACCAUGGAACACUCAGGGAUGUCCGUCGGACUGGUGACCGCAUGUCUCUACGGCAGGGUGUACGACCAGGACUAGGGGGCGUGUGUGUGUGUGUGAGUCUGCAAGAGAGAAAAUAAAGUAAAUCAAUGUU